AACUUUUUAUAAAGCAUUGAAUGAAGAGCAAAAAAGCGGAAGGGAGAUACUUGACAACCUUAUAUGACAAUAGGACACCACUCCUUGCUCAAUCCGCUGCCCGAUGAUUUGCACUUGCGCACUGGUACGGAACUGCGGUUUAUCCUCGCUAAGCUAAUUUCACUCGAUGCAACCGAACGGAGAUCUGACCAAGGAAUCUAAGAAUAAUAACCACGGACUACAGCUAAAAAUGCCUCAUGAGCUUAAAACGAUAUAAAUAAUUUUGGCUGGGCUUAGUGCGUGGUAUGUCUCAGAAUGCAGUUCAAGAAUAAUUACAUUUCCUGAAGCGACAUUGGUUUGGCGCCAGUUAUCCUUUCAAUAUUUCUAAAUCCUACGUCCUUAUUGCACAUUAUGACUCAAAAACAAUUAAAUCGACUUAAGGAUUAAAAUCUGUGAACAUAUAUAUCUCAACGGAAGCAAUAACUUCGCGCAUAGUUUAGUAAGAAAAUGUUAAACGAAAACAGAUUGACGCCAAAAUGAAAUAACAACUUCUCUUUGUAACCCAAAAUAAUUGAAAACUGUAGUAGUAUAACCCGUUAAACAAUUAUGCACAAGAACAAUAGAUUUUUCGUGAAAUAUCUCUUUUCUUACCUUCAACUUGUACUGGCUCCUAAUUGUUCUUCAUGAUCCUUUCCUAAAUUAAUGUUAUUGAGCCAUAAUUAAAAUCUAUUUAAACGGACCCCGAGUACAGAAGAGAAAACCGUAGCAGCGUUGACUUAUGUAAGUAACUAUUUAAUAUUUUGACCUUGACGGCAUCUCGCGUAGUUCACUUCAGAUCUCUCCAACUCUUAAAGAAAUAAAUAAUAAACGAGGUCAUUAGAGCUGCUUUAGUCCUUUUGAACCCAUUACUCUGUAUCCCACAACAAAAGUCUUUCGAAAUUCGCACUCAAAAUGGUAAUCCUUUCCUCGAAACCCGCCAUAAACCAAGCGCUCGCUAAUUACUAGUCCAGAAUAAUAAUUAGAAAAGUAAACACAAAAAGCUAUUUGAAAAUAGAUAGCACUGGACUGUUUAUGAAAUACUCUCUAGCAUUGUUACCAAGUACUUUUCUGCCUCAGACAACAUCUGUUUCCACAUGAAUCAAACUACUGCUGGCGGUCGGGAUAGGAUUCGCCAUACAACAAAAACAAACCCUGAAACGUUUGUCUCAAUAACAUAACUCACAGAUGUGUUGUUCUACUGCACUGACCUUGAGGCCGAUGCAGAGUGCGUAACCUGUGAGAGCAUACUCGGUCUUAUAUUGCGCUCGCUAAUGAGUGAGUAGAUUCUAUUGUCAAUUAUUCUGUUAUUAUGUCAUUGGACUUUAGUUGUUUUGCAUAUAAGUUUGAGCCUUAGGCUUUAAAUUUAUUGCCAAAGUGGAUAUUUGACGGUAUAAAUACGACGGACUUCAAGAAAGUAAUCAUUACUCGUGUUUAAGUUCCUGUCGAUAUUUCAAUAAAACUUUAUUAAAAUCUUUUCCUCCUCAAAAAGCCAAUAAAUUGCGUAAACGAAAAUGAAUCCAGCUUUCGAAUCUAAACAUUCCAUCCGGAACAUACUUGGAGUCGAUGGUGAUAUUGAAGCUCCGCCAACACCACCCGAUUCUGUUGACUCAAGGUCGCCACACAGCUCACCUCCUCCGAUCCAGAGACCAAAUUAUACAUUUAAGGACCUAGUAAAGAUGGCAAUAAGGAAUUGCCCUCAAAAUGCACUCCCACUCUGUGCGAUUGUGGACUGGAUUAGUCUAAACUUUCCAUACUACCGGAAAGAAGAUUCUGGCUGGCAGUGUCAGGUGCGACACACUCUAAGCACACUCAAGUGCUUUAAGAAGUUGGUUCGUCCAAUAGGUCAACCGGGGCGUGGAAAUUUUUGGGCUGUGGUGCCUGAUGAUCACCAACCAGUAGUUCCCAUUGCCGUGCCACACGCAGACUUGUACACCGAAGUUUUGAGGAACGGUAUUGCCUGUAAUCAUCCUCAGGCUGAGGGCGCUGUGUAUUUUCCCACACCGGAGGAGGCUAGAGCAUACGUAGCAGCAGUAGCGCAGCAGCAGCACGAAUGGUUUCUCCACCAACAGCAACCAUAGAAUCAUAACUUAUUGUUAAUUGUUAUUAAAACUAAUAGUUUCUAAU